AUGGCUUUCCAGUUCUUCGCCAGGGCGCAUCAAUCCAAAGCGCCCACUUCUCCACCUUUGUCUCCCCCUCAGGCUCCAAGCACGAUAACUUCACCGUCUUCAAACAACUCUCACACCAGGCCACCUAAAGGUCCACCAGCUAUCGUCGUUCCUCCCUCUUCUGGCUCAUCUUCCGUGAGUCUGGCGUCCAAAUUCCAGCCUCCAGCAGGCCGGGACUCGACCCUUCAGGCUGUGCCAUACCCAAAGCCCAUCGCAUCAGGCCACCCCACUCCGCACCCGCAUGUUACCGUCGAAGUUGUGAGCACAGCUCACAUCCCUUCGCUGACCAGAAUCACGGGCUUGCUGCUUCCUAUUCGCUAUCCCAACUCUUUCUACACAGCCACCAUCACUGACCCCGUGAUCUCGUCGCUGUCCCGCGUGGCCGUCUAUCAUGAUCAUCCGGUAGCCGCUGCUCCCACCUCUGCAGCGCCAACCCCUUCAACGGGCUUGAAGACCCCCACAACUGGAUCAGACAAAGUUAUUGGAGGCAUCAGGUGCCGAUUGGAGCGGUUACCGCCGACUACUGCCGGAAUCUUGCAAGGCCGGUCGAACUCCGAGCCGACGAAUCUCUACAUUCAAACCCUUCAUCUACUGUCGCCCUAUCGAGGCUGUGGGAUUGCAGCAUCGCUUCUAGACUCGCUACUCUACACGUCCAGUUCCUUGUCAUCUUCCACUUCAUCCGAUCCGCGACCUGAUCUACAAGUCUCAGACCUGGUGAAGCAUUACAACAUUCGCACCGUCACAGCCCAUGUCCACGAGGCCAACGAAGAUGGUCUGAAGUGGUACGUCGCACGAGGGUUCAAGGUGGAAGAUGGAAUAGUGGAGAACUACUACCGGCGCCUGAAACCUUCUGGCGCAAAGAUAGUCAAGCUUGUUCUCCAAUGGACUGAUGCGCCUAAAGAGGAAACCGUUCCCAGCAACAAGGGUCAAGACCAGCGCAAAGUGCCUGGAGGGGAUGAUGACGAUGAUUGGGAGAAAGUCGAAGCUGAAGACGGUGAUGAGGAGGAAGACCAUGGAGUACAACCAUUCGCCGAUGCGGAUUCUAAGAUUCUGGAAGUUGACGAGGGGGUGAGCAGGAAGCGUAAGGCAGAUGAUGAGCCCCAGCGGCCAUGA